UGCGCGUCACACUCGCCGCUCAGCGCGGUGAGGCUGAUUCAUGUACAAUAAGGAGCGCGCGCGGCCGCACUGACCACGGUCGGGAGCUUCACGCGAUGCUGGCUACCGGAGCGGCUGUAACCACAGCCCUGGCCCAGGUUGACAGGGAGAAGAUAUACCAGUGGAUAAAUGAGCUCUCGAGCCCAGAGACGCGUGAGAAUGCGCUGCUCGAGCUCAGCAAGAAGCGCGAGUCUGUGCCGGACCUCGCACCCAUGCUCUGGCACUCUUGUGGCACCAUCGCUGCUCUCCUGCAGGAAAUAGUCAACAUAUAUCCCUCAAUCAAUCCACCCACCUUAACAGCACACCAGUCCAACCGGGUGUGUAAUGCCCUAGCUCUUCUACAAUGUGUAGCCUCCCACCCAGAGACAAGGUCUGCUUUUUUGGCAGCACACAUUCCACUGUUUCUGUAUCCCUUCCUGCACACCGUCAGCAAGACACGUCCAUUUGAGUACCUACGUCUCACCAGUUUAGGAGUAAUAGGGGCACUAGUGAAAACAGACGAGCAGGAAGUGAUCAACUUCCUCUUGACCACCGAGAUCAUUCCCUUGUGCCUUCGAAUCAUGGAGUCUGGCAGUGAGCUCUCCAAAACGGUUGCUACAUUUAUACUACAGAAAAUUCUCCUGGAUGAUACAGGACUGGCAUACAUCUGUCAAACCUAUGAACGUUUUUCACAUGUGGCUAUGAUCCUUGGAAAGAUGGUCUUGCAGCUCUCCAAAGAACCCUCUGCCCGUCUUUUGAAGCACGUUGUACGCUGUUAUCUUCGUCUCUCUGACAAUCCCAGAGCCCGGGAAGCUCUUCGGCAGUGUCUUCCGGACCAGUUAAAAGACACCACCUUUGCCCAGGUUCUGAAGGAUGACACUACCACCAAGCGCUGGCUGGCACAGCUGGUGAAGAACCUCCAGGAGGGCCAGGUUACAGACCCCAGGGGCAUUCCUCUGCCUCCACAGUAGCCCCUCUGUCCUUCCCUGCGAAUGUUCCUUGGAGAGUUCGUGUCUGACAUGGAGAGUCAGCAGGAUGAGUCAGGGUAAAGAAAUGGGACAGUGGCCCCUUUACCUGAAUGGCUGGACACCUGAAGGCACUUGUGACCUUCCAUGCUUGUUGAGACUGAUUUAACAGAAAGGUGCUUUUAAAUAUUUUUCAGGCAGAAACCAGUGUUUGCAGUCACAGGCCUCAGUUGACUGACACUGUGGAGCCAGACAGCCUCUGCGGUCUGCUGUAUCUCUAUUUUCUGACAGAAAUCAGGUAGCUGUUUCAGAAUGCUGGUUUUCUCUCUGGAUAUCCCAUGAAAAGGGAUUUUCAGUUCACUGCGCUUCCGUCUUAAGCAGUUCUGUACCUUCUGUAAAAUAUAAAGUACCACAUCGUAAACAACGCUGACUUCUAAACAGUUAUGGCACCGAAGCCAUAAAUUUUCAUCUUGGUUUUUUUUUUUUUUUUUUUUUUUU